AUGGAGCGCUCUCGCAGCAGCAGCAGCAGCGGCGUCGCCCCGCGCACGCGCAAGCGCGGGGCUCUGCAGGACAUCAGCAACAACGCCAAGAAGCUCUCGCAGCCGCGCGCGCGGCGUGGAGGGGCCGCCGCCGUCAAGAAGGAGGCGGCGGCCGUGGACGCGUCCAAGCCGCGCGCGUCGCUGCGGCGCAAGACCACGGCCACGACCGUCAACUCGGCGCUCAAGAGCUCCAUGGCCUCCACGGCCGCCAGCAAGGCCAAGAAGCGCGCGGCCGUGAGCAAGAAGGGGGCGGAGGCCACGCGCGCCAAGAAGCGGCGGCUCGAGGGCGCGGAGAACCAGCCCCCGCCGCCGCACCACAAGAUCCAGACCAGCAUGCUGUCGUUCCAGGCGGCCGUCAAGCCCAAGGAGAAGCUCAAGGCAGAGGCCAACAAGGAGAACGUGGUGAAGAAGGAGGAGGUGAAGCAGCAGGAGGACAACCAGGCGGAGACUAAGCAGGAGAGUCAGAAGGAGGAGACGCCAGAGAUACAGGAGCCCGAGCAGAGUGUGGCCUUGCAGCAGGCGUCGACGGCCGCCCUCCCGCCCCCACGCGACGAGUUUGCUCCUCGUCCGUACACUUUCACAUUCGACCACAGGAACUCGUGCUUCGAUAAGGUGACGUACACGGCCGAGGUGCGCGACAUUGACGCACCGUCCCCCACGACGAACUCCCACCACGCGAAGCUCGUGCGCGAGCUGGACACUUAUUACAGGAAACACGAGACCAAGUACCUGCCGGAAGCAGACUACAUUGGCACAGUGCAGCUGGACAUCAACGAGAAGAUGCGCACCAUCCUGGUGGACUGGCUCGUUGAGGUCGGCGAGGAGUACGAGCUCGACUCGCUGACGUUUCACAAGGCGGUCAACCUUGUGGACCGCUGCCUCAGGAUAAUCAAAAUCACCCGGAAACAGUUCCAGCUUCUUGGAUGCGCGUGCAUGAUGAUUGCUGCCAAGUUCGAGGAGGUGUACGGCCCGAACGUGGAGGAGUUUGUUUACAUCUCUGACCAGACGUACACGGCGGAGGAGAUGCUGGACAUGGAGGCCAAGGUGCUCAAUGCGCUAGAAUACCGCGUGGCUUCGACUACUUGCUACGGAUUUAUGCAUCGGUACAUGAAGGCUGGGUGUUCGUCGAGCAAACAGCGAUCAUUGGUGUCGUACCUAUGUGACUUCGCUCAGCUAUAUUACCACAUGGUGCGGUUCAAACCUUCGAUUUUGGUGGCAUCGGCCGUGUAUCUCGCUCGUCUAAUGACAGACGAAGCCGAUGCGUGGACGCCAACGCUGCACCACGUCACUCAGUACAACCCGUCCGAGCUCCACGACUGCAUCAUAGAGCUCCAUCGGCUGCACGCGAUCGAGGUGCAGAUAGUCAACACGCAGCAGGACAAAGCCAAGGCCGUGAGCGAGAAGUACCUGGCGGACAAGUUUCACUCCGUCAGCACCAUCCCGUCGUACAGCAAGGACAAGCUGACGGAGUCCUUCGAACAGUACAGUAUGCCUUCUUGAAGAGGCACCACGGGGAGUGGAUAGCGGUCGGCAGUGCCGCAGUCCGCUGGAAGUUCGUCAAGCAGGGCACUGCUUCGGGAGCGCUGGCACCAGCUACUUAGAUCGCGUCUCGACGUCAACCGUGCACACAAGCUUCCAGGAUCGAUGUAGCACCUACAGAGGAAGCAGGCUCCCUAGUAUUAUUGUCAUCAUUAUAGGUCAGGUUACAU